AUGUUGAUUCGUCUGGCUCAAAGGUUUGCCCGGACACCCAAAAACCCUAUUUCCAUCUCCAUCACUAACAGACUCUUCUCUGUAUCCUCAUCUCUUGAAUCAUUUCUUCCAAUUCCUAGAAACCCAUUAAUCAAACGGCCAUCACAAACCCAUCAUUCAAAACCAAACUCCCAAUCUUCCCAUCAAAAUCAAGAUGAACAAAAUCCUAGUCCGAAUUUUCUUCAAAGAGACUGUAUUACAAUCUGCAAUCUUCUAAAAGGCAGUUACAAUAAUCUCUCACCUGAAAAAACUCUUGAAACUGCAUUAGAUGAAACUGGUAUCAAACCUGAUUCAACUCUUUUCCAAACAAUUUUGCCCCAUUUUGAUUCUUCGCCAGAACCCUUUCUUUCUCUCUACAAAUGGGCAGUAAAACAACCCUCUUUUGAUCCUGAUACUUUUGCAGUUCUCAUUAAGCAGUACACUCGUGCAGGUAUGACUUCGACUGCGAUUCGCACAUUUGAGAUUGCUAGUGAAUUAGAUUCAAGUCAUUAUACAUUUUCAAUAUCUAGUUUGUUUGAGACUUUGAUGGAUUCUCUUUGUAAAGAAGGGCAUGUUAGGAUAGCUUAUGAGUAUUGUGUUGAGAGGAGAGAAUUGGAACCAGGUUGGGUACCUUCAGUUGGGGUUUAUAAUGUUUUACUUGAGGGAUGGUUUCGAUUAGGGAAACUUAAACAGGCUGAAAGACUCUGGGAGGAUAUGAAAACAGAAAAUGUAGCUCCUAAUGUUGUAACUUAUGGUACACUUGUUGAAGGUUAUUGCAAAUUGCGUCGCGUUGAGAGGGCAAUGGAAUUAGUGUCAGAGAUGAAGAGAGAAGGAAUUCGUAGUGAUGCUAUUGUUUAUAAUCCAAUUGUUGAUGCGUUGAGUGAAGCGGGUAGAUUCAAAGAAGCUUUAGGAAUGAUGGAGAGAUUGUUGGUUACGGAAUCAGGUCCAACUCUUUCGAGUUAUAAUUCUAUGGUGAAGGGUUAUUGCAAGGCAGCAGAUUCGGCUGGAGCAAGCAAGAUUCUAAAGAUGAUGAUAGGGAGAGGGUUUAUUCCAACAGCAACGACUUAUAAUUAUUUCUUCAGGCAUUUUUCUAAAUUUGGGAAAAUUGAAGAAGGGAUGAAUCUUUACUCUAAGAUGAUUGAGUCAGGGUAUUUGCCGGAUCGUCUUACUUACCACUUGUUAAUCAAGAUGUUGAGUGAGGUUGGGAGGUCAGAUUUGGUUGUUCAAGUUUGCAAAGACAUGAGGGUUAAAGGUCAUGGUUUGGAUCCGGCUACUAGUUCCAUGUUAAUUCAUUUGCUCUGUAAUAUACGAAGAUUUGAAGAAGCUUGUGUGGAGUUUGAGGAUAUGAUAAGGAGAGGGGUGGUUCCUCAAUACCUUACUUAUAAGAAACUUUUUGACGAACUGAAAGUAGCAGGAAUGCAUGAAAUGGCUAGGAAGUUAUCUGUCCAGAUGAGUUCUAUCCCACAUGAGAUGAAGUUACCAAAUACAUAUAGAGGUGGAGGAGAUAGGUCACAAGAAAUGAGAACAUCCAUAUUGCGGAAAGCUCAGGCUAUGUCUGAUGUUUUAAAGACAUCAAAAAAUGUGUGGGUACCCUCUAAGCUUAGAGUUCUUUCGAAGGAACCUAGCGAACCAAGAAUCGAUAAACAGAAUGUAAGGAGAUUCAGCAAAGAUGUGAAGGGUGUGUAAUCUUGAGUUUAGCCUAAAAAUGGGAAUGUCUAUUCAGUUCUCACUCAGCCAAGGCCAUCAGAUGCACAAGGAAGAAAUGGUUCUUUUAACAUUGUGAUUGCCCAUCAUGUGAAAUGCUGGUGCCAUAUCUGAUACGCUUUGAAGAUCUCAAAGAGGGGUAUGUAAACCACAGGUAUUAACUCUAAAUACUCUUUAACUUGGAUUGAUCUAGAAACAUGUACCAUUGUUCAUUGGAGUCUGAAGAACACUAGGCAGGCCCGGAUCUUAGGAGAGAGACAGGGCCGAUGCGACAGCCCUAUAGAGUUCACUCAACGGAACCUGGUGAAAACGGAUUGGUAAAGAAACAUAAAUGUAAGGAUAUGCAGGAAGAUGUAAAGGAUGUGUCAAUUUGAGUUGUCCAAAAGAGACAAUGACCGGAUGUAACUCUUGGUCUGGUUUUAGUGAAGACAAUGACUGGAUUACCAUCAUUUGGCCAUCUUGGUUUCUACAUAUUAGGGAAGCAUUGUUAACCUUAUAAAACUACUAGAGGAAAUAGCUCCUUUACUUAUAAAUGUAGUCGCAGUGGAAUAGGAUACAUUGGUUGAUUCCUUCUCCUCCUUAGAUAAGAUACACUGUGCAGAUGAUACUGUGAUCCAUCUUAUUGUUGUUGGAGCUGUGUUCCACGUAGUAGCACAUAUCGAUGCUUAAAGCUAGUGCAAUAAGUUCCAAGGCAGGUAAGCUCGGAUACGAGAAACUGCAGUAACAAUGAGGUGAGACACUUGUGUUUGCGCAUCUAGGGCGAAUGAGCUGCCGAAUUAUGUAUGUGCAGGUUUACUAAAUGGUACCUAUAAUCCUAAUUUAACCUCCUCUAAUAUGACGGA